AUGAACACAAAAACCACACCCCAGCCCGCCCCAGGUGGUCUAGGACGAGGCCUCUUCGCCUCAACAGACAUUGCUGUCGGCGAAGACGUGCUACACAUUCCCGUUCCAUUCGUGGCAGUCCUAGACACAGAGCACCUAGGAGAAGUAUGCUCCGGCUGCUUCGGUCAAAGACAGCUCGAAGAGGAAGGGAUUGCUCUGAAAGGGUGCAGAGGAUGCGGUGUUGUGAAGUACUGUGAUAAGACAUGUCAAGCAAAAGACUGGAAACUGGGCCACUCUCUCGAAUGUACCAUCUAUCAGAAACUGAAGCCUCGUAUUCUACCUAUCAACGCACGAGCCGUGCUCCGCAUGGUCUUGCGCAGCGAACGCCAAAAGUACUCCGACGAGGAGCUGGAUCAGUUCCUGCAGCUUGAGACGCACAUUAAGGACAUUCGUGACAAGAGUGCGUCACAAUGGGAGCGUAUAUCCCUUUCUUCGAAGGCGAUCAAGGCCUACUCUGGUACGGAUAUGAGUGAAGAGGUCAUAUCUGCUAUGGGAGCUAAGCUCGACCUCAACUCCUUCAACCUCACCAACGCCGUCUACGACCGCCUCGGCGUCUACCUCCACCCCUACGCCGCCAUCUUCAACCACAGCUGCGACCACAACGCCGCCGUCAGUUUCGACGGUCCCAAUCUACACAUCAAAGCCCUCCGACCCAUCCGAAAGGGCGAGCAAAUCUUCAUCACUUACAUAGACGUAACAGACCCCUAUCCAAUUCGCCAACAUAACCUCCAAUCCCGAUACUACUUCACCUGCCACUGCUCGAAAUGUACCUCCGAAGCAGCCUCUCCAACAGCAACGACCCUACACCCUGCACAGCAAGAAGCCUACGACAUCAUUCAAUCUCUAUCUACUUUAGAGAACCCCAUCCAAUCCAUCCUUAAAGCCCUCACCACCCUCCGAACCAGCUCCAUCCCCGCAACAACCCAACCCUCCAUCUCCCUCCUCGACGAACUCAUCACGUCCCUCCUCGCCCAACAGAAAUACAAAUCGGCCUUCGCGUACGCAGCGGCCCGAUACCGUGCUGUCGAUCCCGUGGUGUUCCCGCUCAAGGGCCAUCCUAUCCGGUUGCUGCAUGCGUGGGUGUUGGCUAGGUUGGCGAUUCAUUUGUCGCAGGGUGUUGAAGUGGAAUCUAAUACUACUACUGCUGCUGCUGCUGCUGCUGCUGCUGCUGCUGCUGGUGGUGAGGAGGUUGCGUUGGAGAAGUACGAGUUGAAUUUCAAUCUGGUUAUUUGGUCGGUAUUGGCGGCGUUGGUUGGGGAGGAAGAGAUCGGGGGAACAGGGCCUGGGUUUUGGAGGUUGGUGAAGAGGGAGUUUCGGGCUGUGAGGGGGGAGUUUGUUGCUGCGGGGUUGGAUCCGAGGGGUUUGAGGGAGUUGGAGAGGGAGAUUGGGAGGGAGUGGGGGAAGGUGGAUAAGGUAGUUAGGGAGUUGGGGUUCAGUAUAUAA